UGGGUGGUGAAGUCUUGGGAUCUGUUUUACCACUUAUAAUACCUGCCUGUGAGCGCUGCCCGCAAUCAAAAUACAUCUGGUCAUCGCUCAUCGCUCCUCAUCGUCGCCAUCGUCUCUUCUUGGCUUUCUCCAUACUCCGAACUUACCCCCCCGCCGCCAUCGAAGCUUCAGUUAUAUACUCCUCGACCCCAAGGUAUAUCUAUAUAUCUAUACCUUUCUAUACCCCCCUCUUUUGGACCCUGACGCGAAAACGCGACAGCUAUCCAUUCGUCCCCCAUCCCCCCCCCCCCACAUCUUCGCGACCACGCACCACUCACUACCUGCACCACCACGAGCCGAGAACCCAGAGUCUCCCCGCGACGGAUUGCCCAAGAUGCCCGGCCAGAAUGAGAAGGAGGCCGUCCCCUCAAAGGACCAGGUCGAUGCCCAGGUCAAGUCCGCCGACAUGAGCGACGAGAUGCAGCAAGAAGCCAUCGAGAUCGCACAAGAGGCGAUGCUCAAGUUCAACAUCGAGAAGGACAUCGCGCAGCACAUCAAGAAGACGUUUGACGACCGCAAGGGCCCGACGUGGCACUGUAUCGUCGGCCGGAACUUUGGCAGCUUCGUCACCCACGAGACAAAGCACUUCAUCUACUUCUACCUCGGCCACUGCGCCAUCCUCCUCUUCAAGACCCAAUAGAAGCCUCUGCCAUGCUACAGGUUCGAUUCCCAUACCCGGUGGGAUAAGCCUCGGUGGAUGUCGAAAACGACCGCUAUUAGUGUUUAGGAGAACGGGGAACCAGCGCGGGGCGGAUACAUUUUGCCAUUUCGCCUGGCGAGAUUGGGUAUUGGGAGUCGUAGCCGUUUUUCUUUUACGCAUGGGCACAAUUGCAGAUGAUUGAGGGGGUUAUGAGUUUUGAGGGGAAAAGUGGGGCAUACGACGGCUGUUUAUGAUGGCUCUUUUAUAAUUCCUCUACGGACUGUGUGACACCAUAUGAUCCCGAAGACCAAAAUGCAUCGCAAACUUGAAACUAUGAUCUUAU